AUGUCCUCACCAGAGAUUGCUUCCCCUUCCUGGAGACACAUGAAGGUGAAGGGCUGCUCCUCUUCCUAUAAGCAUCACCCUGGAGUGCAGCCUGCAGAUCUGGAGGAGGUACUUCAGAAGGGGGUGGAGACGCUGGUCAUCGGGCAGGGCAUGAGUGAGGCACUGCAGAGAGGAGUGGAACUGAGGGUGCUGCAGACCGUGAAGGCCAUCACAGAAUACAACAACCUGGUUGGCCAGGGAGCCAAGGUGGGUGGCGUCUUCCACUCUACCUGCUGA